ACAUUGAGUAUGUGAGCAAAUAUAUCUUAUUUUCUACUUUAAAAAAAAAUUAUGCAUCAUAGAUUGCUUCGAUACUAUGAAAUAACAUGAUUUGGAGUAGUUAAAAUUUAUUAACUAAAUGAUAUAUGAUACCAACAAAGUAUAAUUUGAAAUUAGCUAACAAAAUAAAUCAUAUGUAUCAUGAUAUACAAAAUGAAGUACCAAAUAAAAGUUAAAGAUUUUAAUAAACAAGCUAGCUCGAACUCGACUCGGCUCGUUAAUAAAUAAGCUGAGCUCGACUCAUUUAUUAACGAGCCGAGCUCAAACUGGAGUAAAACUCGACUCGACUCGACUUAUUUGCAACCCUUAGUUUCUGCGAACGUAAGUGACCUUUUAUGCUAUUGACCCCUCCCCUCUCCCUUUCACUCACUGGCCGUCUCUUUUCCCUCGUCCUCGAGCUUCGCCAACCAAGAUCCGCAGCAAAACCCUAGAAACCGCUAUUUCACCCCCACCGCCGAGGUGAGAGAAAGCGCCAUUGCCACCGGCCAAGCUGCACCCUCCGCCACCUUUCUCUCACCUCUCUUUCUCUCUCGCACGCUCGCAGCCGGACCUCUAUACGAUCCGAAUCUCUCAACCUCCCUCAGGUACUGCCUCUUGUCUCUUUUUCUUUCUCCAUCAUUUCGGCACUUUCUUUUGUUUCCAUGCUCUCGUAUCUGUUCUCUUCGCUCCGCUUCUGGUAGGAGCUAAUUUCCCGAUGAGUGAAAUUGUUUUCUCGUCAAACUACCUACUGCUCUGAGUGUUGCCCCCCUCUUUGUAAGAUUUGAAAGUGUCUGCUCUGUCUUCGAGUUUUUGUGGUUGGCCGUUAUUUCUCUGUUACAUUUGUUCGAUCGCGAAAUGUUCUUUUAGGGUUUGGUGGGAGUGAUUUGUAUAUGAAAUGAAGCAUUGCGAGUCUAACUAGCUGUUGUAAUUUUGCUCGCUAUUGCUUAUCAGAGAUUCGCAGUAGGAUGGCAGCUACCGUAGCACCCAUGCAGCAUCCCACAAUUCCUCUUGCCGAUGUAGUAUGUUUCGUGAUUCUUUCAACUCUAACUAGGGAUUUUGUCUUCUGUUAGCCACAUGCCUUCUGCUUUGUUGUUCCCCCAAGUAUUGAAGAAUCAAAGUGAUUGCCAGAUGAUGAUUUGGGGAUAAUUUUGCGCAAGGGCUUUGAGUUCCAUAAAAAUGGAGCGAAUGAGAAUGAAUCCUACCAAAAUAGUCUUCCUGAUGGCAAAUUGAUCGUUGAGAGACAUUUUUUUUGUGUGCUUACCAUUCCUUCAUGUUUCUUCAUCUCGUCGCUCUUUAUGCUGUAUUGCUGUUAGGUUAUGGCUUUCUUUUUUCAACUGGUUAGAUGCAUCCUUGGUCCAGGAUAUCCGAAUGAUGACUGGCUAGUCUACCCUCACAUCUCCUUGAAUCAGAAACUGUAACUUUAUGCUGACAUUUGGAAAACUUACCAAUUCCCAGGACAAAGGCGCACCCUUUUCUCCAAUGAAGCAUAUUUUCAAGAUUAUUUCACUGCUUGCUGCCAUUUCUGCCUUCUGGGUUGGCCUCUUGCAGGCAUCAAUAAUUCCGCGUACACAUACUUGGUUGCUGCCAAUCUAUCUUGUUGUGUCAUUGGGGUGCUAUGGCUUGCUGAUGGUUGGAGUUGGGUUAAUGCAAUUUCCAACUUGCCCUCAAGAAGCAGUGCUGUUACAGCAGGACAUUGCUGAGGCAAAAGGAUUUCUUAAGGAUAAAGGAGUUGAUGUCGGGUCAGAUUGAUGAAUCUUCAUGAUCCUGAACGGUAAAAAGUUUUGGCAGAAAAUCAAGUUGUCAUUGAAAUGUCAACAAGGUUGCUGAAUUUGUCUUCUGCGUACACGCUCUCCGUUAGUGUAACUUUAGUUUCAGCUAAUUAAAGGGCUUAGGGGUUGUUUGCAUGAGUCAUUUGUUCAAAUGUAAUUGUUUUUGUGUGUAAAAUGUGGCACACUAUAAGGGCGCUCUUGCCUGACACUUAAAUUAAACCUUAAAUUAAACGAAUGUGAGCAAUGCCCAUAGUAUCAUACAAGAUUAAAAAAUAUAGGUCUGUAUCCGAGCUAUCAAACAUAAGCAAAUCAUAGUUAUACAAAUUAUCCUUAUCGACCAAGUAAUUUGUUGCCUUGUACAUUCUCUAUACGUACGAGAGAUUUUUAGCUCCCAUCUUCUAUAAAUAAGCUCCUGGAAUUGUUGGACUCGGUUGUAAUAGCUAGAGGUGUCAAUCGGGCGGGUUCGGGCUGUGUUCAUUCGGGUUGUGGGUUGGUUGGGUUGCGGAUCAAUUGGGUUGCGGGUUCAUCGGGUUCGGGUUGAUCGGGUUGUGGGUUACUCGGGUUAUAGGUCAAUUGGGUUGCGGGUCAAUUGAGUUACGGGUCAAUCGGGCUGUGGGCCAAUCGGGUUACGGGUCGGGCGGUUCCGGUUGCGGGUUUUACGGACCAAAACAUCGCGUUAAGUUUUAGUGAUUACUAGUAAGUUGUAAAUCGUAACUAUAUGAAGCUAGCACAAUACUUGUAAAAAAAAAAGGAAUCGCUACUCAAAGUCAAAGACUCAAAGGUGGGGGGAAACAAAAUUUUGGGGAAACAUUAUAGGGGGAAUUAUUGGCGGGUCUCGGCAGGCGGGGGGAAUCAAAUUUUUUGGCAGUAGUAUUGGGGGAACCCAAAAUUUGGAGAGAAAAGUUUAAAAAUAUUUUUUUAAUUUUUUAAAAACAAGUGAAAUUGUUGGUUUAGCUAGUUAAUUGUUUAUAUGAUUUUUGUAUUAAACUAAAUUAUAAAAUUUAGAAAAAUUGUUGUGAGUUCAGUUGUAACUUUACUCGAUAACAUAUAAUCUAAACUCUAAAUAGUCUAUACCCUGAACCCCAAAUGGUUUUAUUCAUGAACAUGUGUUAAUAAAUAACUUGAUCCUUAUUAUUUAUCAUUUUGAUUAAUCUUGGCUAAACCAUUAAUAGUUUAAUACCUUAACCCUAACCCAUUACCCUAUACGUCGACUCUAUAUCAUAUACCCUAAACCCCCAAUGCUUUUAUUGAUGAACAUAUGUUAACAAAAAAAACUUGAUCCGUAUUAGUUAUGAUUUUGACUAAUCCCUGUUCGUGUCGCAACCCUAAAUCGAGAGAGUAAAGCACCCUUGACCGCCGCCUCUUCCCUCCAGUGUUAUCGCCGCUUCUUCCUUCCGCCGGUCGUGAGUACUAUUACACUACAGGAAAACUGGUUUUCAGUCACGGUAUCUUAUUCACGGUAGUGUUUCCUGUACUUAGAGGUAUGCUACUAAGCACGGUAAAAUUUCCCGUAAUUAAUUCUAUAGUUCCAAUCACGGGAAUUAAUUUACCUAUUUUUAAUCUUCACUUCAUUACAAAAAAAACAAGUUUCUAGUCACGAGAUCUUAUUUACGGGAACCUUUCCCAUAUUAAAAAGUAUACUAAAUGUUACGGUAAAAUUUCUCGUAUGUAAUUAUAUAAUUCCAAUCACGGUAAUUUAUUAAUAUGAUUUUGAAUCUUUAUUUACCGUGAUUAAUAGUUAGGCUCCAACCAAAAUUCAUUUGGUCAAAAAAUUCAUUUGAUCCAAAUUUUGGCAUCAACCAAAAUUAUUUGGCUCCAAAGUUUCCCACCGCCCAAAAUUCAUUUUCAGUUUUUUGCUCAAAGUUUCCCACCGUUCAAAGUUUUCCACCGCCCAAAAUUAUUUGGCUCCAAAGUUUCCCACCGCUUCAGGACACAAAGGGAAAAGCAGACCGGGAAGAGGAGGAAAAGGGAAAGACAGAAGGCGUACUGUGAGGGUUCAGAGGGGUUGAGGCAUAUUGUUUGGUUGAUUGAGGUAAUUCAUGAUUUCUUUCCUGUUAUGAUCGUCAUUUGGAAUGUCAAUUUGUUUUUUUGACAUGUUUUUAUUGAUAUUUGAGGUCUUGAGACAAUAUGAACUAUCAUGAGUCAUGUAUUCUUGUUAUGAUCAGACUUUUGUGAACUAUUAUUAAUCUUUUUUAUGACAGGACCAUGAUGUUUGGAUUUUAAAUCUAAUUAUUAUCUUAUUAUGCUAAAUUAAUAUUUUAUAAUGUUAUGUGCACUAUUAGGUUGAUGAUGUAUCUAAAUAAAUUUUUGAUGAUAUUAUAUGCGUUAAUAGGUUGAUGAUGUAUAUUAUUAUACUAAGUUAAUAAUUGAUGAUGUAAUGAUCGGACUUUAGUGAACUAGAAUUUCAAAUGUCAACUUUUGGUUUAUCUUCAUCGAAUUCCUUCUAUUAUAGUCGGGCUGCGGGUUGGUCGGGUUACGAGUUCGGGUUAGUCGGGUUGCGGGUUAAUCGGGUUGCGGGUUGGUCGGGUUGCGGGUUGGUCGGGUUGUGGGUCGGGCGGGUUACGUGUCAUUGACUUUUAGUCAAAUCGGGUUGCAGGUGGGUUGCGGAUCGGGUUGAUCGGGGGGGUUACUCAGGUCGGGUUACAUUUUGACAGCUCUAGUAAUACCUAUGAUCUUCUUGGUCUUAUGAUGUGAAGAUGUGGAAUGUUGUCAUGGAGUCCAUUUUGAGGUGAACUCACAUGAUUGUCAAUCUGCGGGUUGAUCCUUCGGUUGAUCCAUUUUGACCCUAACUCGGUGACAAAAAAUGGGCCACAUACCCACCGGGUCGACCCGUUGUAAGAUUACCAGAUUGGAGUAUACACGUUUUCGUUUUUUCUUUUGAUUUGCUACAUGUGUAUAUGUGCUGGAUUCCUUUUGAUUUGCUAUGUGUCUAUAUGUUGGAUCCAAAUAUGAAAUGUUAUUUUUAUCAUUUUAUGUAAUGCUAUUGUUAUUACUCAAAUAAGAUUUUAUAUGAUUUAUAAAUGUAUGAACAAUAUAAUGAUUUUUUUUCAUAUAUCCGGACUAAAAUAGUUGAGUUAUUAAUACUCAACCUACUUAUUCUGACUGUGCUAACGGGUUAAAUUGGGUUGACAAGAGAUAAAUCCCAUCCAAGCUAUAUGCAAAUCCAUUUACGGCCCCCUUAAUUUAUUCUCUCGUGAUAGUGCAGGUUGAUGGGUUGGGCAGAAAAGCUUUUAAGCAUUUUGCCUUGAGGAUCUUGAAGUAAUCCCUCUGCUGCCACUAUUGACCAGGGUUACUUCUCAGAUCCAUCCGUUUGGAGUUGGACAUUAGACCAACAAUAUUUCGGUGGCACUUUGUAGUUUGUUGACAUCAAAAUAUUUUCCCCUUUGAAGUACUACUUGGGUGUAGGGAUAGCAAUUUUGACCUGAUUUGUUUUAUCCGAUUUAUUUGACCUGUUUUGGGGCGGGACCGACAAUGGUACUCUCAUCGACCCGAUCUUGCCUGACCCAUCUCAUUCUCGACCCGUUCUUGCCUAAAUUACAUGUAUUAUUAGUCAAGUUACUUAUGAUUUUUCUUUUAUUACAUUAUAUUUUAGCUAUAAUAAAGUUCUAAAUUAGUGAAAACCUCAAUUUCUCGAAUAAUUUAAUCACAUUUAUCAUAAUAUGGUUUGUUUUCUUGGUAUUUUAAUGAAAUUAAUGAAUAUUUCUAAUGUUUUACUUAUAAAUUGCAUAUCCAUUGGGUCGACCUGCCCCAACCAGUGACCCAUGAUAACUUAUCCGAGCCACGAGGCGUGUAUGAGUAUCGUGAUACCCGCUCCGAACCUGCCCCAUUGUGAUUCCUACUUGGGUGACCAUCCAGUACUUGGUUACCAUGUGUCUAGUCCCAAGGAUACCAUCCAACCUCAAAGUGGAUGGUAUCAUUUCAUAUAGUGGUGUCCAUCCAACCUCUUAGUGGAUGGUGACCAUCCCACAUUAUGGAUACCAUCCAACCUCUAAGUGGAUGAUAUCAUCCCAUAUAGUGGACACCAUCCAACCUCUUCGUGAAUGGUGAUCAUCUCACAUUAUGGUUACCACCAACAUUUAGAUGGAUGAUACCAUCCCAAAUAUUAUGGCUAUGGUACCGUCUCAUAUAGUGGACACCAUCCAACCUCUUAGUGGAUAGUGCCCAUCACACAUCAUGAAUACCAUCCAAUCCUACGGUGGAUGAUAUCAUCCCAAUCCCAAAGUGGAUGGUAUUAUACCUCAUUCAUGGAUACUGUCAGAACAGAAGCGUGCAAUCGAAAAUCCAAACCAA